ACAUUUUUUUUUCACUCUUCUCUUUUACAUUUCCGACCAGAACUUCCGACGACCGCCACCACCAUUGCCACCACCAUCACCAGCAUCUCAUCUCUCUGUAUGAGUCUCUGUGAUUCUCUCUCAUUUUUUCUCACGCCAAAGGUAAGUCGCCGUCGUUUGAAGCCUAGUGCCAACCCUUUCCGCAGCUAAGUCGCAUUUAUUUCUCACGCAAUGUCCCCAACCACCAUUUUUCAAGAUAAAUAUGGACUUCAAAUUAUUGAAUUUUGACCAUUAAAGUUAUUGAUCAAUAACUUCAAUUGCCAAAAACAACAAUUUAUUGUCUAGAUUCAUGAUCACAGGAGAGUCAGUACGCAAAUUCUUCUUCUUUUUUAAGAUGGCAGAAGCAAUCAUUUUACCUGUUGCAAAAUCCAUUCUUGAAAAACUGGCAUCCUUUGCUGGUGACCUCGCAACUGAUUAUGUUGUUGAAGAGAUCAAAGCAGCCAAGUCUGCUAAGAAAGAUCUUAAGAUCAUAGCCGCGAAGAUGGAAGCCAUCUGUGCUGUCCUUGAAGAUGCAGAGGAGAAGCAGUUCACUAACAAGGCUAUGAAACUUUGGCUUAGAGAUCUCAAGAGUGUUGUUUAUGAUAUUGAUGAUCUCUUGGAUGAAGUGGCAUUUGAUAGUUUGAAACGCAAGGUUAAUGAAGGGGAGUUUCGCCGUCAGUUGAGGUACUAUCUUUCCUCUUCAAAUCCUGUCAUUUUCAGCUUUCAGUUGAGUCGCAAAAUAAAAGACCUCCGUGAAAAGCUAGAAAACAUAGUAAGUAAGAAAAAUGAAUUUGGUUUGACUGAGCGUCCGGUUGAAACCUCAAGGGAUGAGAUCAGGGAUCCUCUAGAUGAGAGUGACUAUGUGUAUAAACUAGCUGUUAUGGGAAGAGAUGAGGCUAAGCAGGAUAUUAUAAGAAAAUUGUUAGCUUUCAAUGAUACUCGUCACCUAUCCAUGCUUCCUAUAGUCGGAAUGGGUGGGAUAGGAAAAACCACUCUAGCUAAGUUAGUGUAUAAGGACGUCCACCAUUUUGAUCUCAAGCUUUGGACGUGUAUUUCAGACAAAUUUCAAAUACGCAAGAUCAUAGAGGACAUUCUAGAAAAUGGUAGUGGUGAAAAUAUAUACAAUCAAAGUUUUAACACAUUGGUGAAAAAGCUCCAUAGUUUGUUGAACGGUAAGAAGUACUUUCUUGUGUUGGAUGAUGUCUGGGUAGAAGACUUUGCGAUGUGGGCCGAGCUAAGGAACGUGUUGUCAGUUGGUAAAGCUGGGAGUGUGAUUUUGAUCACCACAAGAAACCCCAAAGUUGCUUCCAUUACUGAAACAACUGAGUCAUAUAAUUUGGAUUGUCUUCCUGAUCAUGUUUGUUGGUCAAUUUUCAAACAAUUGGCGUUUAAUAAAGGUGAGGAAGACACAUAUCCAGAUCUUUGUGAUAUUGGUAGGUCUAUAAUUAAGAAAUGUCGUGGCAUCCCACUUGUUGUGAAAAGUUUGGGUAGUUUGUUAAGAAAUGAGAGGAACAUGCAAGAAUGGAAACGAAUUAAUUGUAUGGAUAGUUUUAUCGAGCUAAAUCAGCAUUAUGAUAAAGUCAUGCAACUUUUAAAAUUAAGUUAUGAUAAACUUCCAUCCCACUUAAAACCAUGUUUCGCUCAUAUGUCAUUGUAUGUGAAGGAUAGGGAUCUUUCUACAAAUUAUGUAUCACAUGUUUGGAGUGCACUUGGUUUGCUUCCGCUGAGAAAUAGAAACAAAGAUAUCGAAGACUCGGGAUACUCUUACUUCAUGGAACUGGUAUCUAAGUCCCUUAUUCAAGAACCGACAAGUCACUGUCUUGGAAAUUAUUGCAAUAGUAGAAUGCAUGAUCUGUUGCACGAUCUAGCUGUGAAAAUUUUGGGAGAAGAGUUAAUUGUCGUUGUAAAUAAGGAUAAGCUGGUAGUUUCAGAAUUUACAAGGCAUAUUGUUUGGGGAUACAACAAUUCUAUUAGUUUACAAGACCAGGAAUUUCCUAAAGAGCUUCUCAAAGCCAUUAACCUUCGAACAUUCCUAUUGGGUUAUCGGAUGAAUCAGCCUAUGAGUCAAGCCUUUCUUGAAGGGAUUAUAUCCAGUUUUAGCUGCUUACGCUUAUUGGAUCUACAGAGUAGUUGUUUUGAGGAGUUGCCAAGGUCGAUUGGGAACUUGAAGCACUUGAGAUAUCUAGACUUGUCGUGUAAUCCCAUCAUCAAAUCACUUCCAAAUACAAUAUGCAAUCUAUUGUACUUGGAAACAUUUUGUAUCCAUGGAUGUGAGCAAUUACAGGAGCUACCCAGGAAUAUACAUAAAUUGCAAAGCUUAAAGAAAUUCAUAGCGACAACAUGCCAAGUGAGCUUAGUUGGCACCAAAUUCAUUGAAUUGAGUUCUCUACAAAUCUUGUGUUUGAUUUCAUGUAAGCAACUGAUAUCGUUGUGGGAUGAUGAUAAUGUUGGGCGUCUCACUUCGCUCCUUAGCUUGGUUAUCAUUAACUGUCCAAAAUUAACAAGUCUUCCAAACAGUAUGAAGUUUCUUGCUGGCCUUAAAUUUUUACAAAUAGAUAAUUGUGAAGAGCUAGAUUUAGAUAAAGGAGAGGGGCUUCAAGGCCUUCAUAGCCUCCGCGCAUUGUUCAUCUGUCAUAUGAAGUUGUCAAAUCUGCCACAGGGUAUUCAAUCUGCCACAACUUCCCUUCAAAAUCUCAUAAUCAUAGGUUGCAGAAAUUUGGUGGAACUUCCAGAUUGGUUGCAUUGUUUUACCUCUCUCAGAUCAUUUAAAGUUGAAGAUUGUCCUAAUCUGUUGGGUUUGCCCCAAUCAAUCUGCCGCAUCACUUCUCUGCAAAAGCUCUUUUUCAAGGGCUGCCCAGCCUUGUCAAAACGAUGCGCGGUACCAAAUGGAGAAGAUUUCUAUCUGAUAAAUCAUGUCCCCAAACUCAUGCUUGAUGGCGUUCGUUUCUUUCCACAACAAGUCACCGAAAAAGUGUUAGUAGUUAGUCACUUGGUUCAUAUCUUGGUGAAUUUCGCGGGUAUCCCUAGAGGAGUUGCAUGGUUUUACCUUACUCUUAAAGUGAGGGCUUUACAUGUGAUUAGCUUUAAGCAACUGAUAUCGUUACGUUGUGGGGCGAUUAUUUGUGAGCACUACUUCUCAACUCACCAGUUGGAGAGAAGUUUUGGUCUCAUGGAAGAUUGGUGUUUAAUAUGCAUGAAAAUGGCCGAAGCAAUCAUUUUGCCUAUGGCGAAACUCAUUCUGGGAAAGAUCGCUUCUGGUCCAAGUGAUCUUGUCUAUACAUAUGUUACUGAAGAGAUAAAAGGUGCAAAGUCAGCUAAGAAGGAUCUUAAGAUCAUAGCCGACAAAAUGGAGGCCAUUUGUGCUGUUCUUGAAGAUGAAGAGGAGGAGUUUUCCAAUAAGGCUAACAAAAUUUGGCUAAGAGAUCUCAAGAGUAUUGUUUAUGAUAUUGAUGACCUCUUGGAUGAAGUGGCCUUUGAUGCGUUGCAGCGCAGAGUUAAUCAAGGCUACUUUGGGCGCCAGCUCAGGUACUACCUUUCCUCUUCGAAUCCUCUCAUUUCACGCUUUGAUUUGAGUCACAAAAUAGAAAGCCUCCGUAAAAAGCUAGAAAUCAUAGUAGCUAAGAAAAAUGAGUUUGAUUUGACUAAACGUCCAGUUAAAGCCUCAAAGGUUGAGAUUAGGGAUCCUUUCGAUGAAUGUGAUUAUGUGUAUGAACCGGCUAUUAUUGGAAGAAAUGAGGCUAAGCAGGAUAUAAUAAGUAAACUGACAGCUCUUGGUGAUGCUAGUGAGCUGUCUGUUUUUUCUAUAGUUGGGAUGGGUGGGAUUGGGAAAACUGCAUUAGCUAAGUUGGUGCAUCAUGAUGUCCCUAACUUUGAUCUCAAGCUAUGGGUAUGUGUUUCAGACAAGUUUCACAUACCCAAGAUCAUAGAGGACAUUUUGAAAGCUGGUACGGGUGACAAUACACCAAACCAAGAUAUGAGUAUGUUGGUGAAAAAGCUCGGGAAUUUGUUGAAUGGAAAAAAAUACUUUCUUGUGUUAGAUGAUGUCUGGGUAGAAGAAAUUGAUGAGUGGAGAAAGCUGAAGAACCUGCUAGCAGUUGGUAAAUCAGGGAGUUCAAUUUUGACAACUACAAGACUUGCCAACGUUGCUCUCAUGGCUGAGACAAUGGAGUCUUAUAACUUGGAUUGUCUUUCAGAUCAUGUUUGUUGGUCAAUUUUCAAGCAAUUGGCUUUUAAGGAAGGUGAGGAUGGCAGAUAUCCGAAUCUUCAUGCUAUUGGCUGGUGCAUUGUUAAGAAAUGUCGUGGUAUCCCACUUGUCGUGAAAUGUUUAGGGAAUUUGUUAAGAAGUGAGAGGGACGACCGAGAAUGGCUACGAAUUUGUAAUUUGGAUAGUUUUACUGAGCUAAAUCAACACUAUGAUAAAGUCUUGCAGCUUUUAAAAUUAAGUUAUGACAAGCUUCCCCCUCAUUUAAAACCAUGUUUUGCUUUUAUGUCAUUACUUGUAAAGGAUGUAAAUUUUUUUACGACUAUUAUACCAUAUAUGUGGAGUGCACUUGGUUUGUUGCCACUAGAAUAUAGAAAUAAGGAUAUUGAAGAUUUGGGGUACUCUUACUUCUUGCAAAUGGUAUCGAAGUCCCUUCUUCAAGAUCCGAGUCCUCACGUUAAUGGAAUGUUCUGCUUGUGUAAAAUGCAUCAUCUUUUGCAUGAUCUCGCUGUGAAAAUACUGGGUGAAGAGUUAGUAUUUAUUGUUAAUCCAGAUAAGCUGAUAGUUUCAGAAUUUGCAAGGCAUAUUGUUUGGGGAUACGACUGUACAAAUACUCUAAAAGAUCAAGGAUUUCCUACUGAGCUUCUCAAAGCUAAGAAAUGCAGAACAUUCCGAUUUGGUUAUCCAAUGAAUCAGCAUAUAAGUCAAUCCUUUCUUGAGGGGAUCAUAUCUCAUUUCAGUUGCUUACGCAUAUUAGAACUUCAAUAUAGUUCGUUUGAGAAGUUGCCAAGUUCGAUUGGGAACCUAAAGCACUUGAGAUAUCUUGACUUGUCAUAUAAUCCUAUCAUUAAAUCAUUCCCAAAUACAAUAUGCAAGCUCUUAAAUUUGGAAACAUUACUUGUCCACGGGUGUGAGCAGUUAAAAGAGCUGCCGAGGGAUGUACAUCAACUACAAAGCUUAAGGAAUUUCAUGGUGACAACUUGCCAAGUGAGUUUAGGGAGUAGAUUCAUGGAAUUGAGUUCUCUACAAUCCUUGUCUUUUCAUUCAUGUAAGAGAUUGAUAUCGUUGUGGGAUAAUGGUAAUGUUGGGCACCUCACUUCCCUGCGAAGCUUGUUCAUUUACGACUGUCCAGAAUUAACAAGUCUUCCAAACAGUAUCAAGUACCUUCAAAAAUUACAAAUAAAGAAUUGUGAAGAGCUAGAUUUUGACAAGGGGGAGGGCCUUGAAGGCCUCCAAAGCUUGCGAUUAUUGUACAUCAGUAAUCUGAAAUUGACAAGGCUACCAAAUGAUAUACAAUCAGCUGCAGCUUCUCUUCAACAUCUCUCAGUCGAGAAUUGUUUAGGUUUGGUGGAGCUUCCAUAUUGGUUGCAUCGUUUUGCCUCUCUUCGUACCAUUGAAAUUAUAUAUUGUCGUAACUUGUUGAGUUUGCCCAAGACAAUUAGCCACCUCAUUUCUCUGCAAGAACUCAAAAUCAAGGGUUGCCCGCACCUAUCAAAAAGAUGUGGUGUACCAGGCGGAGAAGACUACUCGUUGGUACAACAUGUCCCCAAAUUCGAGCUUGAUGAAAUUUGUUGCACCAUUUUCUCAACUCUCCUGUUGGAGAUAAGUUUUGGUCUCAUUGCUGAGUACCUGAAGAUGAGUGUUUUACUUGUUGCUUCCUUGAUUCAUUUGUUAUUUGUUAAACACAAAAUGGCCGAAGCAAUCAUUUUGCCUAUUGCAAAACUUGUUCUUGGAAAGAUUGCUUCUGGUCCAGGUGAUCUUGUCUAUACAUAUGUUACUGAAGAGAUAAAAGGUGCAAAGUCAGCUAAGAAAGAUCUCAAGAUCAUAGCCGACAAGAUGGAGGCCAUUUGCGCUGUUCUGGAAGAUGAAGAGCAGGAGCUUGCCAGUAAAGCUAACAAAAUUUGGCUAAGAGAUCUCAAGAGCAUUGUUUAUGAUAUUGAUGACCUCUUGGAUGAAGUGGCCUUUGAUGCUUUGCAGCGCAGAGUUAAUCAAGGCUACUUUAGUCUCCAGCUCAGGUACUACCUUUCCUCUUCGAAUCCUCUCAUUUCACGCUUUGAUUUGAGUCAGAAAAUAGAAAGCCUCCGUAAAAAGCUAGAAAUCAUAGUAGCUAAGAAAAAUGAGUUUGAUUUGACUAAGCGUCCAGUUAAAGCCUCAAAGGUUGAGAUUAGGGAUCCUUUAGAUGAAUGUGCUUAUGUAUAUGAGCCGGCUAUUAUUGGAAGAAAUGAGGCUAAGCAAGAUAUUAUAGACAGAUUGAUAGGUGUUAACGUGGUUAGUGAUCUCUCUGUUCUUCCUGUAGUGGGGAUGGGUGGGAUUGGAAAAACAACAUUGGCUAAGUUAGUUCAUAGAGAUAUCCACCAACACUUUGAUCUCAAGUUGUGGGCAUGUGUGUCCAACAAGUUUGAUAUUUGUAAGAUUAUAGAGGACAUUCUAAAAGAUGGUGGUUGUGAUAGUAUAGUGAACCACGAUUUGAAUACAUCGUUAAAAAGGCUCCAUCAGUUGUUGGACGGGAAAAAGUACUUUCUUGUGUUGGAUGAUGUUUGGGUGGAUGAUAUUGCAGUUUGGACAGAGUUUAAGAAUAUGUUGGCAAUCGGUGAUGCAGGGAGCGUGGUUUUGAUCACUACAAGGAACAUAGAAGUCGCGUCUAUUACUCAAACUAUGGAGCCAUAUGACUUGGACGAGCUUCCAUUUCAUGUUUGUUGGUCCAUAUUUAAGCAAUUAGCAUUUAAGGAAGGCGAGGAAGCAACAUAUCAGUAUCUUUACGAGAUUGGGAAGUCUAUUGUUGCGAAAUGUUGUGGCAUCCCACUGGUUGUGAAAAAUUUGGGGAGUUUGUUAAGAAGAAACAGGGAUGAACAAGAGUGGCAUCGAAUUAAUAGUAUGAAUAGCUUUACUGAGUUGAAUCAUCAGUAUGAUAAGGUGAUGAAAGUCUUGAAAUAUAGUUAUGAUACACUUCCGUCCCACUUAAAAUCAUGUUUCGUUUACAUGUCGUUGUAUGUGAAAGAUUUGCAUCUUUCCGCGUGGCAUAUACCAUAUAUGUGGAGCACGCUUGGUCUGUUAUCUUAUGGUGGAAACAAAGAUAUUGUAAGUUGGGGUUACUCUUAUCUCAUGGAGCUGGUAUCAAAGUCCCUUGUUGAAGAACCAAGUUUUCAGAUAAAUGGAUUGCUUAGUGAGUGUAAAAUGCAUGAUCUUUUGCACGAUUUAGCUGAGAAUAUUAUCGGGGAAGAGUUGGCUGUCGUAACUCAGGAAAACAUCUCAGUUUCAGAAUUUACUAGGCAUAUAGUGUGGGGAUAUGAGAGUUCUAAUAGUUUAAAAGAUGCUAAAUUUCCUCAAGAGCUUCUCGCAGCCAAGAACGCCCGGACCUUUCGACUUGGGUAUAGAAUAAAUUAUCUAAGUCGGUCUUUUCUUGAAGGGAUCAUAACACAUCUUAAUCGCUUACGCAUCCUAGAACUUGGUGGAAGUUCGUUUGAGAAAUUGCCAACAUCGAUUGGCAAUUUGAAGCAUUUAAGGUUUAUUGAUUUGUCAGAGAAUCCUAUAAUUAAAUCUCUUCCAAAUACAAUAUGUAAGCUGUUGAAUCUGGAAGCAUUCUACCUUGACGGAUGUGAGCAGUUAAAGGAGUUGCCUAGGGGUUUAUACCAGCUGCAAAGCUUAAGGAAUUUCACAGUGACAACAUGCCAGAUGAGCUUAAUUGACACCAAAUUUCACAAAUUAAGAUGUUUACAAUACUUGUGGUUUGCAUCAUGCCAGAGAUUGUCAACUUUAUGGGAUAAUGAAGGACUCACUUCUCUACGAUCAUUGAUCAUCGAGAACUGUCCCAAAUUGACAUGUCUUCCAGAUAGCAUGAAGUUUUUUGUUUGCCUUAGGACAUUAGAAAUAGAAAAUUGUCAAGAGUUGAGUUUUGUGAAAGGGGAAUGCUUCAAAGGCUUACAAAGCCUUAGGACCUUGAGCAUAAUCGGGGUUCCAAAGUUAGUGAGUCUGCCACUUGAUAUACAAUCUGCUGCAGAGUCUCUUGAAUAUUUAUACAUUGCAAAUUGUGGAGGUUUGGUGGAGCUUCCGGAAUGUUUACGACAUUUUGGCUCUCUUCGAAAAUUCAGAAUCAAAGAAUGCCAUAAUUUAUUAGCAUUGCCUACAGGAUUUUGCUAUCUUAAAUCUCUGCAAGAAUUCUGGAUUUUGAAUUGUCGGUACCUAUCAAAAAGAUGUGCUAUACCAACUGGAGAAGACUUCUCUCUGAUAAGACAUGUCCCUAAAAUAUGGCUUGACGGUAUUCAGUACACUAAGCGAAGUAAAUGACUGAGCAGAUGUAUCACUUGCUACUGAUGUUGCCCAAGGAACCAUCAAAUGCUUAAGAGGACAUGCAUUUAUCCUCCUUAAUGUGCUAUUGCCUUUGCUUUGAACUUUGAAGAUCGAUAUGCACCAUUCUCGAUCUGGUGGGAGCGAGCUAGUAAGAUACGGUUCCCAGAUGCAUUAUAUUGGAAAAUUUACAAUCUGAAUGCCCAGGGAAGAACAUGGGAGUUGGGAUGAAAUUACAGGCAGGGGGCUAGUGAAGAAUUAUGAUAUUGGGUUUGAUUCAAGUGUGUAAUUGUUGUCUCUUUGCUAUGCCUAUGCAGAAAGUAGGGGUUCUGUGGUUCUGCUAUGCAUGUACCCGGGUUGCACAUAGUCACAUAGAAUUAUGUUCAUUCAAAUUUCAAAGUCAUAUUUCUAUUUGUUGCAAAAUCUUAAAAUAAGCAAAAAUAUACCUUUAAGGUGACACCUAUCUAGGGGACACAAAUAUUCCCGGGUUGCACAUAGCUAGUCACAUAGAAUUACUUUACUUGGCUCUUACAUGAUUAAACAUACGUUUAUUUUUUUUGUAAA